AUGACCUAUUCUACAGUAAGUAUCAACACACCUCCACCAUACCUCACUUUGGCUUGUAAUGAAAAAUUACCAACAGUUAUGUCCAUCGCUGGAACAGACCCAAGUGGUGGUGCUGGUAUAGAAGCUGAUGUGAAAACUAUCACUGCACACAGAUGUUACGCCAUGACAUGCAUCACUGCUUUGAAUGCUCAAACUCCAGUCAAGGUGUACAGCAUCAAUAGUACACCAAAGGAAGUGAUUUCUCAAACUCUGGAGGCCAAUUUACAAGAUAUGAAAUGUGAUGUUAUCAAGACUGGUAUGCUUACCGCCGCUGCUAUUGAGGUCUUGCACGAAAAAUUGGUGCAACUUGGUGACAAGAGACCUAAAUUAGUGGUUGACCCAGUCCUUGUCGCAACCUCUGGUUCUUCUUUAGCUGGAAAGGACAUAGUGAGCCUAAUUACAGAAAAAGUUGCGCCUUUUGCUGACAUUUUGACUCCUAAUAUUCCUGAGUGUUUUAAGUUAUUAGGCGAGGACAGAAAAGUUAACAAAUUGCAAGAUAUUUUUGAGGUCGCAAAAGACCUUGCCAGAAUCACGAAGUGUUCCAAUAUUUUAGUGAAAGGUGGCCACAUUCCAUGGAGUGAUGAAAAAGAAAAAUAUAUUACCGACGUUCUUUACUUAGGUGCCGAACAAAAAUUUAUCGUCUUCAAGGGUAAUUUUGUUAACACCACGCAUACUCAUGGUACCGGGUGCACGCUAGCUUCUGCCAUUGCAUCCAACUUGGCUCGUGGUUAUUCUCUUCCUCAAUCUGUUUAUGGUGGUAUUGAAUACGUUCAAAACGCCGUGGCAAUUGGCUGUGAUGUGACAAAGGCAACUGUCAAGGACAACGGACCCAUCAAUCAUGUUUAUGCUGUAGAAAUCCCAUUAGAAAAAAUGCUCAACGACGAAUGUUUUACAGCAUCAGCCGUCGUACCUAAAAAACCAGUUACAAGUGCUCCUAACAAAAUUCCAGGUGGAAAUUUCUAUGAGUACCUGAUUAACCACCCUAAAGUGAAGCCACAUUGGGACUCUUACGUGAAUCACGAAUUUGUUAAAAAGGUGGCAAACGGUACAUUAGAGCGUAAGAAGUUCCAGUUUUUCAUCGAACAAGAUUAUGCAUACUUAGUCGAUUAUGCUAGAGUUCACUGCAUCGCAGGUAGUAAAGCACCAUGUCUAGGAGAUAUGGAAAAGGAGCUAGUCAUUGUUGGGAGUGUUCGUAAUGAAAUGGGUCAACAUGAAAAAAGACUGAAAGAAGAAUUUGGAGUCAAGGACCCAGACUAUUUCCAAAAAAUUCAGAGAGGACCUGCAUUAAGAGCUUACUCUCGUUACUUCAAUGAUGUGUCCAGAAGGGGUAACUGGCAAGAACUGGUGGCGGCCCUUACCCCUUGUCUAAUGGGUUAUGGCCAUGCUUUAACUAAGAUGAAAGGUAAAGUUACCGUACCUGAGGGAUCUGUUUAUCAUGAAUGGUGUGAGACUUACGCAUCCUCAUGGUAUCGUGAAGCCAUGGUUGAAGGUGAAAAGCUAUUGAAUCACAUCUCAGAAACAUAUCCUCCGGAACAACUUGAUACUUUAGUGACAAUCUAUGCUGAAGUUUGUGAAUUGGAAACCAACUUCUGGACCGCCGGCCUAGAAUACGAGUGA